AAGUCAAACUUUGCGAUCGCCGACGCCGACGGCGUCUAGUCAACCCUGCUGCUCUUUCAUUUCUCACGGGAACUUCCAUAGUGGAGCAGAGCUGAGCUGAGCUGAGCUCGGGAUUUGCCUCUCUCUCUCUCUCUCUCUCUACCUCCCCUUCCGGCGGCGGCCCUGCAACAAUGGAGGCGGCGCCAUUUGGUUCCUCUUUGUUCACUCCGACGUCGCUCUCUUUCUCCUCUUCCACUUCACAGUCCCUCCUCUUCCUCCGCUCAGGAAAUGACACCGUAGGGCUCAAAUUCAAGCCGCGUGGGAGUAGAAGUUUCGCUGUCCGCGCCUCCUCCAAUGGUGAUUCUGUGGUGACGUUGCUCGAUUAUGGAGCCGGCAAUGUGCGGAGCGUGAGGAACGCGAUUCGGCACCUCGGCUUCGACAUUAAAGAUGUGCAAACUGCUGAAGAUAUAUUGACUGCGAACCGCCUCAUCUUCCCGGGUGUUGGGGCGUUCGCGUCCAUGAUGGAUGUCCUGAAUGAGAAAGGGAUGACUGAAGCUCUCCGAACUUAUAUCAAGGAAGAUCGCCCUUUCCUCGGCAUUUGUUUAGGCCUGCAGCUACUUUUUGAGUGCAGUACAGAGAAUGGACAAGUUAAUGGUCUUGGUGUAAUCCCUGGAGUGGUUGAUCGUUUUGAUUCAUCAAAUGGCUUGCAAGUUCCUCAUAUCGGAUGGAAUGCCUUGAAAGUCAGGGAAGGCUCUGGUAUUUUAGAUGAUAUUGGAAAUCGUCAUGUCUACUUCGUCCAUUCCUACCGUGCCGUACCUUCAAUGGACAAUGUGGAGUGGGUUUCUUCAACAUGCACUUAUGGGGAUGAUUUUAUUGCCUCUGUUGGAAGGGGAAAUGUGCACGCUGUUCAGUUUCACCCAGAGAAGAGUGGAGAUGUUGGACUGUCGGUAUUGAGAAGGUUCUUGUCCCCAAAGUCAAGCAUGUUAAAGAAGCCUGCUGAAGGGAAGGCCUCAAAACUCGCAAAGAGGGUUAUUGCUUGCCUAGAUGUGAGAACGAAUGAUAAAGGAGAUCUUGUCGUAACUAAAGGAGACCAAUAUGAUGUAAGAGAGAACACAGAGGAGAAUGAGGUGAGGAACCUGGGCAAACCUGUUGACCUUGCUGGACAGUACUACAAGGAUGGAGCUGAUGAAAUCAGUUUUCUGAACAUUACUGGUUUCCGGGACUUUCCUUUAGGCGACUUACCAAUGCUGCAGGUGUUGAGAUACACAUCAGAAAAUGUUUUUGUACCAUUAACAGUUGGAGGUGGAAUUAGGGAUUUUACCGAUGCAAAUGGCAGGUACUAUUCUAGUCUGGGGGUAGCUGCAGAAUAUUUUAGAUCUGGAGCUGAUAAGGUUUCUAUAGGAAGUGAUGCUGUAUACGCUGCAGAGGAAUAUCUAAGGACAGGAGUAAAGACUGGAAAGAGCAGCUUGGAACAGAUAUCUAGAGUUUAUGGAAACCAGGCUGUGGUUGUUAGUAUUGAUCCGCGUAGAGUUUACAUUAAUAGUCCCAAUGAUGUGGAGUUCAAAGCAACAUGGGUAACAAACCCAGGUCCCAAUGGAGAGGAAUAUGCGUGGUAUCAGUGUACGGUAAAUGGUGGACGAGAAGGUCGACCCAUUGGAGCUUAUGAGCUUGCGAAGGCUGUUGAAGCGUUGGGUGCUGGAGAAAUUUUAUUGAACUGUAUCGAUUGCGAUGGUCAAGGGAAGGGAUUUGACAUCGAUUUAAUAAAAUUGAUCUCCAACGCUGUGAGCAUCCCUGUGAUUGCAAGCAGUGGAGCAGGUGCAGUUGAGCAUUUCUCUGAGGUAUUCGAGAAGACAAAUGCUUCUGCAGCUCUUGCAGCUGGAAUUUUCCACCGGAAGGAGGUUCCCAUUCAAUCCGUAAAGGAGCACCUACUGAAGGAAGGGUUUGAAGUCAGAGUCUGAAGGAACAGAGUUAGCUGUCCGGAAGCACCCCCGGAUUAGGAUAACCUGGAGUAGGCAUGCUUUCGUUUUGUCAUUUCUAUGUACGUACUCAAUCAGAAAGCCUCACAUGUACUUACGGAAGUGUUUAUUGAAUAUUGUUUCUAAAUGUGGCAUUUUCAAGGAGUCUUUGAUACAACGUCAACAAGAUGAGUUUUCAAAUAUCAUCAUUCUUUGUAAAUCA